AAUAUCCGCUUCCGUAUCCGCUGAGGAGAGGUGUGUUUUUGUGGCUGGUCGCGGAAAGUCACUUGGUCAAAAUCGGGAAUUUUUUGAGCGUUGUUUCACUAAUUAACGUAGUUAUCGCGGCGACGCUCAGUUUGAGAGGUUUUAAACCACGUCAAUUUUCAGUCCAAAAUAUGCCGCCUCUUAGGAGAAAAAGGAACGGUCCUCCAAGUUACUGAAGCACGGUAUGAGGCUAGAGGUUUCCCUGCUGCGAAAUGUUCACUUGUUGUGUAGACACGCUGGGAGCAGGCAGAUACAUCUGAUUCGUGCCGCCGAAGGAGACCGUUAUGGAACUAACGGACUACACGUUCGACACACGCAUCAGGAGGAGGCACAUUCCGCUGCUCAGUCACCAGAGACGACUAAGGCACCUUAAUGCCGUGCUGGCGCGAAACAUCACCUCGGCAGAGAUUUCGGAGGACGACAACUUCGGACUGUUGUACACCAUUCAUCUGCACAAGGACGACGGUGCUAUUUAUACCAGUGAGACGUCGGAAGGGAACCUGAAUCCCAUUUGGCAGCAACUGCAGCUCUCGAAGUUCAACAGCCUGAAGAGUAACUCCUCAGCAUCGUUCAUUAUCAGAGUCUGGAUGGUCAAGAAAGGUGUCACCACUUGCUUGAUUGAAUGGGAUGUCAACCUGCGAGGUCUCUCGUUCCUUGGCGAACAGGUCCCAAAGGACGGACGGAAGUUUCUUCCCAACACGCUUCUCUUCUCCAUGCCAGAAGGCAUCUAUGGACCGGGGGAUUGUGUCGUCAAGGGGCCAAAAACUGACCAUCCUGGCCACAACGCUUUUGAAGUCUUGUACUCGGAUCCUUCCAUUGUCAGGAAUUCCUGCACAGUGAACACCUUAAGGAGGAUGAUGACGACGGAGCGUGCCAUCAAGCAGACACAGGUGUCGGUGUCGCGCGUGAGGCGCGCAAUCGAGAAGAAGCUGCAGCAGCGGGUGCGGCUGCACAGGAGCAGGGCCCGAGAAGAGAACCUCAGAUUGCGGAUAUCUCUUUUAGAACAAGAGAUUGUGCAACGGCAGUCGAAACUCGAGCAGGAGAAGCUUGUCUGCCAAGCCAGAAACAAGGAGCAAGCAGACAGAGGAAAAGAACUGGAAAACAUUGCGUCGGAGCUCGUUGCAAAGCGGAACAGCCUGGUGGAGCAAAGGAGACAGUACUUCCAAGUGCGCGAGAACCUGCUCAAGGCAAGCUCCAUGCUGGCGCUGAGGCAGAAAGAGCUGAUAUCUGAACUAGCCUUUGUCUAUCCAAUUGCCCAGUUUCCAGACAAGAAAGGGUACAGCAUAUGUUUCGUGCAUCUUCCAAAUAGUGAAGACUUUAAUGACAGGGACGACCUGAUGAUUUCCGUGGCCCUGGGAUAUGUCACCCACGUGCUCCUGAUGAUGUCGCACUUCCUGGACGUUCCCCUGCGCUAUCCACUCAUCCACUACGGGACCAACUCGUCGGUGCGCGACAAUCUCGUCGAGCAUUUCUCUGACAAGGAACGAGAGUUUCCUCUGUACCUCAAGGGAAAGGAGAAAAUGUUGUUCAACUACAGCGUGUACCUCCUUAAUCGGAACAUUGCUCAGCUAAGAUGCAACUGCAACCUUGCCACAAAGGACCUGCGGUUUACGUUGCAUAACUUGCACGGACUUUUCGAGCACUACAGCAUCAAGGCCAGCGGUAGCGGCCAAGUGAGUAGCUCGGCACUGCUGCCUGCCCCUAGCCAUUCCGUUCCUGUUCCGAUCCAGAACAACAACCACCAUGAUGUUACAGACAACUUGCCAUCGUCGGACGAGGUACUUUCCCCUCCGGUCCAGCCGCCCCCCAUAGAGGGCUCCUUCCCGUCGUGCACAUCACACGAGACCGACGGCGAACUGGCGACCUCCCCGAAACUGAGCAGCUCCCUGGACGAGGGCCUAGACCAGCUGCAAGUGAGUUCGGCAGAGACCAAGUUGCGUCAGUCCCUCGCCCCCAACUUCCAGAGCCUGCAGGCGAGCCAGCACUCCAGCGAGCCCAACCUGAGGGAGUUCGAAGCACGCAACGCGCUGCGAGUGAGGCAGGGCGGAGCAUCCAUUGAAGAGUGCCUCCUACCCGUGCCGCCCGUUGUCUACGACGCAACCGAGGAGAGUGCGUCGCUGCACAGCGGCGACGGCGUUGAAGUCGAGGUCGCCGUGGACACGCUCUUCGACGCGGACCUGACGGCACGGACCGAGGUGCUCGCCAACAUUGUACGGAGCUUCCAGACUUAUGCUCCGCCAUUUUCCUCCAACGUGCCCAGCACGAAACAGUAGAGACUGGUUGUGAGGUGUGACGACUGUGCGAGAGACGGACGCUCUAGCUAGAAGUGGAACUGGGGCCUUGUUAGCUAGCAGAUGCGUGCGUUGGGUAGAAUUUCCUGCGUUUUUUGUUUUUUUUGUUUGUUCUGUUUCUGAUGUUUACUGUGCAGGCAACUAGUUUUAUGCAUUGACGUUGGAGGGGACAGAGUUCCAACGUUGAGGUUGGGUUUGAGCCAUUUUCGAGCGGGCGACCGUUGGGGAUUGCGGCGAAGGGUUUGAGGACGGAUUUUGCAUCUAGAGGAUGCUGUUGUGUGUGAUGUUGGUGCAGAUUGUGAUAUCUUUGUUGUUGUUCUUUUACCAGGAGGUACUGGGGACGCCAUGUUUACCCCUUCAUACUAGUCAGCAUCUCUUUAAUUUUGCGUGUUAAUUAGAUCGGGCAACUAUGCAUUAUUUUCUCGUUUUGCUCAGGUACAGAAAGUAUACAGUGGUUACAAACUAGAGACUUUCCGCAUCAGCCGUAACCUUUCCACAUAUCUUGGGGGCAAAUGCCUCCAUGGUUUGUUAAAUACAUUACAGUAUAACAUUUAUACUGCAUAGUGAAUGUUUGGAGGUCUCCUUGGACUCGCUUUUCUAAUCAGGUACAUUAUACAAGAGGGCAUGUUCAGUAAGCAUAGCCUUGCUUCAAGGGCCCUGAUAUCUAUUCUAAUAAAGCCUAUGUAACAUAUUAGUUUGGCUAUUGCUUGUCUUAUGUAAGAUACGUCUAUGCUGUUAACUUCUAGUUGUUUCAGAUUUUAUUUGCAUUCCAUUUUGAUCCAUUCUGGACAUGCUUUGUUCAAAGCUGUCCGACAAUGUUAUUCAAUGCGAGAUCCUGGUUUUGCUGCUACUGAAGGAAAAGAUUUACUUGACAUUUUUUGUAGCGCAUUGCAUUAUAAAUCAUUGCUUCCAAGA